AUGGCCCGAUUGAGAGAAGAUGUAUCUGGUGGUAAAGAGAGGUUUAGGCGGCGAAUCAAUUAUUCUCGUAGAGAGUCGCGUCGUUCAUCACAAGUUGUUGAAAAUGGUUUGGGCAGCCGCAUUGCUGGUAGAGGGCUAACUUUUCUUAGACCUUGUAACCCAAAUCUUAGAACAGAGGAGGCUUUGUCUUAUUUGAAGGAAGUUAAGGACACGUUUCAAGGCAAAGUGAAGUAUAAAAUGUUCCUUGAUAUUAUGAAACAAUUUAAGGCUCAAAGAAUUGAUACUGUUACUGUCAUUGCAAGAGUGAAAGAUUUGUUCAAAGGGUACCCUAGGUUGAUCACGGGAUUCAACACUUUCUUGCCCGAGGGAUAUACGAUAACUCCCAAUCAAGAAGAUAAGCCUAGAGUUGAAUUUGGAGAAGCUGUCAACUUUGUGAACAAAAUAAAGACACGAUUCCAAAAUGAUGAUCAAGUCUACAGAUACUUCCUAGACAUCUUGAACGUGUAUAGGAAAGAGCAGAAGGAAAUCGAUGAGGUGUACCGAGAGGUUGCCAUACUUUUCAAUGGCCAUCCAGAUUUGUUAGAUGAGUUUACUAGGUUCUUGCCAGAUACCAACUACAAAGAGGAUCUAAGCAAGCAGCAGCAUACUGGUAAAAUUAAUUCUUUUGGAGAGUUUGAAGAUACCCUGAAAUCUUCGUGUAGCAAAGGGUUCAUUUUCUGUGAAAGGGUAAAGGAAAGACUACAAAGUCCAGCUGAUUAUCUGAAAUUCUUAACAUGUCUCCAUAUUUACGGCACAGAAACGAUCGCAAGGAACAAAUUACAAAGUUUGGUUGCUGAAAUACUUGGAAAAUACCCUGAUCUUAUGGAGGGUUUCAAUGAAUUUCUGGAUCUUUAUGAUCGAGUUGAUACAUAUACAAAAGGGUUCACUUUCUGUGAAGAGGUAAAGGAAAGACUAGGAAGUCCAGUUGAUUAUCAGACAUUCUUGAAAUGUCUUCAUGAUUACAGCAGAGAAAUAAUUACAAGGGAGCAGUUACAUUCUUUGGCUAGACCUAAUGUUUCUACAGGAUUUUGUGGUACUAAUAUCUUUUAA